UAAACAAUCAAUAGCUGCGUUUACAUGUGCAAAAUGUCUUUAAUCCGAUCAUUAUUCGGAUUGGAAUAUGACUGUGCACAUGGGCCCUGGAAAUUUAAUUCCGAUUAUGUCAAGUGUUUACAUUUGUCAUAAAUUUGAUCGGAAUAAACCAUUUUGUCAUGCGCAGAUUGAUCUAAUACACCGAAAAAGACCGUAGAAGAAGAAGUAGCGGACUUCCUCUGUAAACAAACAUGGCUGCUUGCAUGUAAAAAUGGAGCACUACGAUGUUUUUCAGAGCGUCAUUUUAUUUUUUGUCGUCACAAUUUUACAAAUACAAACCAAACUGUUUAUAGUUUUCCAGAUGUUAAAUGGGGGAGACAGCAGGAUGAAAAUUUCUUUGUUUAUGUGCUUAGCAGACGCUUUUACCCAAAGCGACUUACAAUUUUUUUUAACCUAUAGGGCAUGUUGUGAUCUGUGGGGGAAACCGGAGUACCCAGAGGAAACCCACGCAUGCAUGGGGAGAACACGCAACUCCACGCAGAAAGGCCGCAGCCGAGUUUCGAACCUGCGACCUUCGUGUUGCGAGGCAACAGUGCUAACCACUGCGCCACCAUGCCACCAUGCAGCUUCUUAAUACCAAGAACCGUAACUUUAGUCCCCCCCUCCUCCUGUAAAGACAAGGAGCCACUGGAUGAAAGUGAGGAGUAAAGACUGGUGGGAGAGGAUUGUUCUUUUGGAGUUCACCGAUCAAGAGUGGAAGCAGAAUUUCCGCAUGUCACGAGCGUCAUUCAUGAAACUUUGCUCGUUAAUGGAGAGUUAUAUGGCUCCAGAAGACGUUACUGUGAGGGCUGCUGUUCCUGUCAUCAUGAGGAUUGCAGUAGUUCUGUAUAAACUGGGUAGCUGUGCAGAAUACAGAGUCAUGGCGAACCAAUUUGGAAAAAGUAAAAGCAGCAUAACGAAGUUUGUUUACAUGUUCUGCAAAGGCAUGGUGCAGGGUCCAAUCAAACAGUUGAUCCAUGCACCAACUGAGGAAGAGGCAAAAGAGAUAGCCAGACGGUUUGAAACAUCCCAUCACAUUCCACAAAUAAUGGGGCUUAACCAAUGGAACACACAUUCCUAUCCUUCCUCCUUCAGACGGCUACAAGGAUUUUGUAAAUCAUAAAGGAUGGCCAUCCUACGUACUCCAGGCUGUUAUAGAUGAUAAAUUCAGGUAAAAAUUACUACUCCAUCACCUGCCAUGUUCAGAAAUAAAUUAGUGGGGGUAGAUUUUUCAGUAACCAGUGACCCCAAACUGCACCAAAUUACUAGAAUGACCCCUUUGUUUACAGCUAAUCAUGUGCACAAUAAAGCUGUUUUAUUUGUUUCAUUUAUUCCUCUCAUAAAGGUUUUGGAACAUCAGCUGUAAAAUGCCAGGCAAUGCACAUGAUGCAAAUGCCCUACGCCAGUCAGACCUCUUCGAAAGGGCUCAUCUCCUACCCAAAGGCAUCAAGACCAUUGGGGGAAAAGACACCAAUCUUUUAAUAGUUGGAGACCCUGCCUACCCACUUCUUGACUGGCUGAUCAAAGGAUAUUCAAACUCAUCUUGGCUGUCUCCGGAGCAGGAGUCCUUCAACACCUACAUCAGCUCAGUCAGGGUUGGAGUAGAAAUUACUUUUGGAUUGUUAAAGUCAAGGUGGAGGGUUCUGCUAAAAAGAAGUGACUUUCAUUUCACUUUUGCACCAACCAUGAUUGCCACAUGCUGUGCACUGCACAACUUCUGUCAGAACGAAGAAGAUCAGGCCAGCAAUAGCUGGUUGGAGAAGGCCUGUGAUCGGGCAAUUAAUUUUCAUCAACCCAACCAGCCAGUUAAUCUCCAGUGCAGCAGUUGUGGAAGCAGCACUAGAGAGGCACUGACUACCUAUUUGGCCACAACAUUCCCACUCCGAACAGGACACCUACACUAAGUGUUUCUUGGUUCCAGAUUUACCAAAAAAGUCCAAAGUUACCUAUUUUAAGUUCAGAAAAAAUGUUUCCAAGUACUGAAAGGUGUUAUUUCACAGGUUUGUACAUAUUAUAACACAAGAACAAUGAAGCAUUACUUUGUGCUUAAAGCGCUAUUUAUUAAUCCAUUCAAUUAAAUGAACAUCCUGCUGUACUUUUUGAACUUGGCAGCUAGUGCUGUGUUAAUGCUCUUCUGAGUCUCGAAAUUAAACAUUUUCCAAAGCAGUUAAAGUAAAAAAAAAGCAUACACAGUGCUUUUUCAUGUGGUGAACUCUGGAUUUGUUUGUCAUCUAGGUCACCAUAUCAAACAAAACAUAAAUAUAACAUGUUCUGACCUCAGAAACGUUUUUUUUUCUUCUUCACCUGAGUUAUACUUCACAAAUACUGGAACAUAUGAAGAGUACUUUAAAGAAAAGUUUGUACUUAGCUACUAUUGUUGUGGACAUAAAUAAAGUGCAAAAAUACAUCUCCAGAACAUCUACUCUAUAUCACUCAAGUUUGCUAAUGCACUGCAACUACAAUGGGAAGUUGCAGAAACCAAAAUGUCACAACUGAAUUGUUUAAAAUAACAUACUUCUAAACAACAGAACAGAAUUUGGAAUUGUGAAUAUCUCAAAUGAACUGAUUAAGAU